CCGACCAAAACUAGAACACAAACUUUCGCUUCAACCGUCACUACCCCACCGAUACUCCUUUCCUCAACCUCCGAUUUACAGAUCUUAACAAAUCCCCAAUUUUUCAUUCAACUAAAUGACAACACCCACCUGAAAACAAGUAGAAAUGCAAUCCUUUUUCGUCUUCUUCAUCACCUUUCUUUCAAUUUGGGGAAAUAAUUUCAUAAAACACUGCUAUGCAAGCGUCUUCACCUUAAAGAUGCACCACCGGUUCUCGGAGCCGGUGCGAAAGUGGUCGGAAAGCAUUAACAAACUCUCCACUACCGAUUUCCCUUCCAAAGGCAGCGUCGAGUUCUAUUCUCAGUUGGCCGACCACGACAGGGUAUUCCGAGGCCGGGGACUUUCAGAUUCCGGCGAACAACAGCUCACUUUCGCAGAUGGGAAUUCCAGUUUACGCAUCAAAUCAUUGGGAUAUUUGCAUUACACAACGGUUUCUCUAGGGACACCAGGCCAGAAGUUUUUGGUGGCGCUUGAUACCGGAAGUGAUCUAUUUUGGGUGCCAUGUGAGUGCAGCAGAUGUGCCUCCAUUGAUAACACACCUUAUAGCUCUAAAUUUAACAUGAGCAUAUACAACCCAAAGGAAUCAACAACUAGCAAAAAAGUUACUUGCAACCACAGAAUGUGCACUGCCAGCUGUCCUGGAAGUGGCACAGUCAGCACCUGCCCUUAUUCAUCUUCUUACAUCUCCUCUCAAACUUCAACUUCUGGAAUCUUGAUGGAGGAUUUCCUUCACCUAGAAACAGAUGACAUUCAUGGACAAAUUGUCAAUGCAUUCAUCACUUUCGGAUGUGGACAAGUUCAAAGUGGUUCAUUUCUACACAUUGCAGCUCCAAAUGGUUUAUUUGGGCUUGGAAUGGAGAAAAUAUCAGUUCCUAGUUUGUUAGCAAGAGAAGGUUACACUGCAAAUUCUUUUUCCAUGUGUUUUGCACAUGAUGGAAGUGGUAGGAUUAGUUUUGGUGAUAAAGGUAGCAUUCAUCAACAAGAAACACCGUUUAAUUUUGAUGCAUCAAACCCGACAUAUACAAUCACAGCUACACAACUUCGUGUUGGUGGAUCUCUUAUAAACUCAAGUUUCAGUGCCCUUUUUGAUUCGGGCACCUCCUUCACAUAUCUUGUUGACCCACAUUACACAAGGUUGACCAAAAUGUUUCAUGCACAAACUAAAGAUUCACGAAGGCUAACUGAUAAAAAGAUUCCUUUUGAAUAUUGUUAUGCCAUGAGUCCUAAUGCAAACACUAGUCUACUCCCGGAUGUUACUUUGACCAUGAAAGGCUCAGGUCAAUUUUUUAUCUACAAUCCCGUUAUUGUCCUCCCAACUCAUCCAGAAGUUAUAUAUUGUCUAGCUAUUAUCAAGAAUGAAGAAAUGAGCAUCAUUGGACAAAACUUCAUGACUGGCUACCGAAUCGUAUUCGAUAGAGAGAAACUUGUUCUUGGGUGGAAGAAGUCGAGUUGUUAUGAUAUUGAUAACUCGAAUGCUUACUCAUCAAAGCCAUUAAAUAGUGAGAUUAUUCCUCAUGCUGUUGCUGCUGGAUUUGAAAGUGAAGGGAAUAAUAGAACAAGAGCUCGAAGCUCUGAUGCAUCAUUUCUUCCUGCAAAUUUUUAUAUUUUGACUUCCUCACUACUCAUUCUCUCAUUUUUCUCUCAUGGAACUUCACUAAGUUCAAACUACUAUUCCAAAACAUGUCCUAAUGUCGAAUCACUAGUCACAAAGGCUGUGAGUGAUGCUGCAUCAAAUGACAAAAAGGUCCCUGCAGCAUUACUACGGAUGCACUUCCACGACUGUUUCAUACGGGGAUGCGACGCUUCUGUUUUGCUGGAUUCCAAGGGCAAAAACACCGCUGAAAAAGAUGGCCCACCUAAUGUUUCUUUGCAUGCAUUUUAUGUAAUCGACAACGCUAAAAAAGCAGUUGAAUCCGCAUGCCCAGGAAUAGUGUCGUGUGCUGAUAUCUUAGCUCUCGCAGCAAGAGAUUCAGUUGUGCUUUCUGGAGGGCCAACUUGGGAUGUGCCAAAAGGAAGAAAAGAUGGAAGAACAUCAAAGGCUAGUGAAACUAUACAACUCCCGGCUCCUACAUUCAACAUAUCUCAACUUCAAAAAAGCUUCGCUCAAAGAGGUUUAUCCCUAGAAGACCUAGUUGCCCUUUCAGGUGGGCAUACUCUUGGUUUCUCGCAUUGUUCAUCAUUCAAAAAUAGGAUCCACAACUUUAACUCCACGACAGAUAUUGACCCUUCACUCCGGCCUUCAUUUGCUGCAAGUUUAAAAAGUGUUUGCCCAGUUAAAAAUGCAAAGAAUGCAGGAGUUCCAAUGGAUCCUUCUUCUACAAGUUUUGAUAAUACAUACUACAAACUACUCUUUCAGCAAAAGGCUUUAUUUUCUUCGGACAAUGCUUUGCUUGAUUUCCCUAAAACUAAAAAUUUGGCAUCUAAGUUUGCAAGCUCAAAAGAUGCGUUCACAAAGGCGUUUAUAAAGUCAAUGAUUAAGAUGAGUAGUAUUACAGGUGGUCAGGAGGUUAGAAAGAACUGUAAGGUGGUGAACUAGAUUGCAUAUGAAGAUUUAUAUGUACUUUUGUGUCGUGAGAUAAGUUUUUAUAAGAUAAAGGGGAAGCCCAGUGCACCAUGGCUCUUAAGUGUUAGAUGACAUGGUUGUAUUAAAUUUGUUAUAAUAAUGUUUAAAUUUUUGAUACCAGCAGAAAUAUUACAUCUGUCAGUGGAUAUUAAAUUUAUAAGAUUUGAGCAAGG